AAUGAGAGGCAAGUACCUUGAUUGGAUGUGCAGUAAAUGGAUCUUAAAACGGUAUGAAAAGGACCAAUAUCCCAUGAUGCAACAGCCACCAUGCUUCAUCGAGUACUAUGGUUUGAAUGCUGUGGGGGUUGUCUAGUGAAGCGACCGCAAGAACCAACCGAACUCUCGGUCCGUCUUGUUCCAUUUCUCUUUAAGACGGUGGAUGUGUUCCCUAGGAUGUCCUUUUAUUUCAACAAUAGAACCUUUUGGGCCACGUCUUGAGUUUACGGUCUCGUUUUGUCACAUUUAUUCUGGUUCCUAAAUGGGAACCAGGAAAAUGGAAACUGGAGAGGGGAACGUUUUCAGAAAAUAAUGCAAUCAACGUAACAUUGUGACUUUUAUCUCCUUAAUACAUACCCAAAUAAAGAAGCUUAAUAUAUAGGUUUCUUUACAUAGCAAAGUGCAAAUAGUGCCACCGCUCGUUUCCAGCUACUGGUUGGUUUCAAACGAGAGACAAGACGCUCCCUUAUUGGCUAAACUGGCCGAUUGACCGUUAAUCCGCAUGCGCAAUAGAAAACGGACACUGUCGGAAAUUUAUGCUCCAUUCAAUAUGUAAUCGAAAAUGGGAAGUUCCGAGUUCCAAGUGGGAUUGUGAAAUUUGACUCGUUUUAAAAAGUUUGCGUUGCGUGAAACGACAUAGAAUUGUACGCUUAACCCCAUUUGUUUUGUGAUUGAAAGAAUAACGUGAAAAUGAAUUAAUUGGUGCACACCCGAAACGCCACAAAGAUUAUCUUUGACUUCCGAGGCAAAAUAAACGCAACAAAUUAUUCAAGGAACAUCAUAACUUGCCUCUAAACUGACGUCUUUGUUGUUUUCAGUACGCUCCGAAAAAAUGAGAAACGUUUUAUACGUGAGCUAGUAUUUUUUCCGCGUUAAAACUACAACUACCUGGUUUUGAAUGUUAACUCUCCUUCCGUGUUACGACCCGUCUGUUUUGGAAAUGCAAGUUUACUAGACGUGCAUGAAAGCAGCACGAGAAGGAAGAGGAGAGGAAAAGCUGUUAUGGUCACUUUCCACUGAAAAUAGGCAGGUGUGACCCCCGCGGCGUGCCGACCGCCUCCAGCGAUGGACAGCCUGGAGGAGGACCUGACCUGCUCCGUGUGCUACUCGCUGUUCUCCGACCCGCGCGUCCUGCCGUGCUCCCACACCUUCUGCAAGAACUGCCUGGAGAACCUGCUGCAGGUGUCCACCAACUACUCCAUCUGGCGCCCGUUGCGCCUGCCCAUAAAAUGUCCCCACUGCCGCAGCGUGGUGGAGCUGCCGCCGAGCGGCGUGGACGCGCUCCCGUCCAACGUGUCUCUGCGAGCCAUCGUCGAGAAAUACCAGAGGGAUGGCGAGCCGCGGGCGCCGUCCUGCCAGGAGCACCGCAGGCAGCCGCUCAACAUGUACUGCGUCCAGGACCGGCAGCUGAUCUGCGGCCUGUGCCUGACUGUCGGCCAGCACCAUGGUCAUCCCAUAGACGACCUGCAGGCGGCCUUUGUCAGAGAAAAACAAACCCCGGCGCUGCUGCUGGCCAGGCUCUCGGAGCAGAAGUGGAGUCAGGUGUGUGAGCUGGCGGAGCAGCUGGAGCAGGAGAAGGCGCACUGCGACGCUCUGCUGAGGCAGGACCAGCAGGAGGUCAACCAGUUUUUUGUCUCUUUAGAGGAGGUGCUGGCCAGGAAGAAGCAGGCCUACCUGGAGGCUCUGAGCGAGGCUGCUGCAGAGGUGGCCGCGACCUACGACCCUCUCAUCCACACAGUCAAGGAGCUGCAGGAGGAGCAGUUGGACCUGGUGUCUCUGGGCUCGUCUGUGGAGGAGGAAGACUCCCCCCUGGUGUUUUUGGAGAAAGUCCAUCAGUUCAGAGAUCGGGUGGAGAAGUUCAUCAGAGCCCCGCUGCCCUCCGGGAUCAACCUGUCGGUGACGCCGCGCGCAGCGGCCUACCUGCAGCAGAACUGGCCCGCAGUGACCAUCAGCAGCUUGGAGCAGGCGCCGGUUCCCAAGCUGUGCUGCUGCACCAGAUGCGACGGUGGGAUCGGCACGGAAGACGCAGAGGCAGACCCGCCUGUCCCACCUGCCUGGGACAGGUGGCGCCAGCUGAAGCCCACCACUUCCGUAGCCCUGCUGGGCCUGCUGCUGCUGCUGGCGGCGGCGUUGUGGGCCAACCCCGUCGGAGGCGCGUCGCUCGGGUUCUCCCUCCUUUCCCGCCUCAGUCAGCUGGCCCAGAGUCUGAGCGGCAGCCUCGCCUCGUCCGUGUGGGACACAAUGGAGGCGGAGUGCGCAGAGAUGGGGGCUGCGGUGCAGAGGUGGAGCUCGCAGCUGUCUGUCUUCAGAGACCGAGUCGUUCAGCAGGUGGCUGCUUUAUUUAAAACGUCAACGUCUCGCUGAGGACGGCCCAACUGGAAACCAAACUGUCUGAACGUGGAGCAGUCUCAUUACCUCGUUCCAAAACACCAAAACAGCCUCACUUUUGUUACUUUCUAACAGGUAUGUUUGAAGUUUCACAUAAAAAAACAAACAAACUACGUAAUGUCCAGCCUAAAUAGCAACAAGUUUUUGUUGUUUGUUUUUUUUUUUGUCUUUUCAGCAAAACAGGAAUUUAAUUAAGCCAGAACCUCUUCUGCUCAUUUCCUGUCAGCACACUUAGGAGAUGAAGACAAUCAGAGACAUGCUGCAGCAGCACAUGUGCAGAAGGUUUCUCGUUCACUUCCUGUGUGUUUCACUCUAUAAUCACACAUUAUGUAGCAAUAUUAAUUUUUGACAAGUGCUACUUUCUUUUUAUUAUAUUACUUCCACUCAUAAUAAAAGAUGCAGAGACUUGGA